AUGGGGAUUAGAUCCCCAAACGAACACGCCUCUCCCCCCUCUAGUCUACCUAAGGUCUUUGGGAACCUGACAGCACUUGUGGUAGAACCAUUACCAGCAGCAGCAAGGAAGGGGCAGAGGAGGAACGAUGAAGCUGGUCAAAUAGACCUUCACCCUGAGCUGCUGAGGGAGAUGGAAGCACUGGAGUCAUCUCUGCUGCGGCACCACAUCAACCCACAAGCAGCCCACAUCCAGGGCUGCCGAUACCUCUGCUCUGACCCUCUGCUGCUCUCCUUCUCCGCCUCCCCGCCCUGCAAAGUCACCACCCUUGCCAAGGAUUCCCUUGCAGUGCUGAACCAGAUGAGGCACGAGGCAGAUAGGCAGCAGCAGAGGAGGGAGAUGCUGAUGGUGGUGCAGGGAGGAGGAAGGAAGAGAAGAGAUGCGCUCACUGCGAGGGUGGGAAGAGGAACGAAAGUGGAGCGGGGGUGCGACUCGUUGCUGGGAGCAGAAGAGCUCGUGGACAGACUCAAUGCACAGCACUUUGGGGGUGUGUUCCCAUCUCACUAG